GCCCGUCAACGUGCUUCCGUAAAAUGGCUUCUUUCAAAAGCUUUCAACAAUCAGACUCCAGAUAACCUUAAAGAACCUUUCUAUAGAGAUCAUGAAAAUCAAGAACGACUUAAGCCACAAAUCAUUGUUGAGCUUGGCAAUGCUACCCUGUAUUGUCAAGCGUUGUCUAAUUUGUAUUCAGAUCCAAAUUACCAAAGCUUAAACCAUUGGUCGAUUUUGCAAACUUUGUCACGGAAAGGAGUUCCAGUGGCAGAAUCUCCAGAUAUGCCAAUAACAGAAACAGUUCUGAUACAAACAAAUCCAUUAAAAAUUAAUGCCCAUAUGUCUGUGAUAGAAGCACUUAUGAUUUUAUAUGUGAAAGAAUGCACAUCCGGAGAAAGAAUAUUAAAUGCAAUUCGAAGAGUAUCUGGUAGCAAUCCAAAUAUACAGGAACAAACAUUUGAAAAAUCUUUGCUAUUAUGGAUUUCGCAUGUUUGUGCAGCACUGAAAAAACGCAUAGAUAAGGAAAUAGAAGGUGGUGCAGUCGACGAAAAUGGAGUUCGUUUGCAGUCACCAAAUAUUCCGCCAGUGCAAAAUUUUCAAGACCUUUGUAAUGGCAUUUGUUUGGCACUACUAAUUUCCUAUUAUUGUCCCAAAGUAGUUCCGUGGACUUGUGUACGUAUUAAUCAUUUGCCAGCUGUAGAGGAUUCGAUAUAUAAUGUAUUGAUAGUCAGUAAUUUUUCUCAAACCCAUUUGCCAUAUACAGUUUUUCAUAUGAAACCAGAAGAUAUCACUUAUAUGAGAGGUUCAAUGAAAACAAAUCUUUUAGUAUUGUUAGCAGAUCUUUUUAAUUUGUUUGAAAUUCAUCCAGCAAAGUGCGUUUGCUAUCCCAGCAUGGAUUCUCCUG